UUGUAAAAUACAGUUUACUUUUUCAAAUUUCAACUGCAGGGAGUUGUAUCAGAGAAUUUUUUAUAUUUACAGACAUAAUUGCGUAAACAAACUCUUUGACUUAAUUAGCUCGUUUGCACACCUGGAGCCAAAGUAGGCGAUGCUUUGAAUUUGAACACAUUUCCUUUAAUGUUUCCACACAGACGCGAUGAUUUAAAAUCUGAAACCUUGUGGACUUGCCUAUGGACUCUCUUUUUAUAAUGUAGUGUUUGGUCGCUUAUUAUGCUGUUUGUUUGGUUAGAUUUCAGCUGCUCCUCGAGCCAGGAAGCCAGCACUGCAGCCCUGCGAUCAGCAGCAUGGACUACUUCACGCCUCAGCCAAAUCGUCGCCACAACCCCGUGGACAGCAUUUGCCGCAAACUGCAGACCAUUCAGUGGCGUGGUGAUCGAGAGCCCAAUUCACCUUUCCAGAUUCCCAAACUCUCCUCCAGCAAUUACGACAGCCCACAGUGUGGCCUCAGGCACAACCUGGAAGCCAUCCUGAAGAAAGGGGCCCUCCACAGAGAUGAGGGGGAGAGGGGGAAGGAGAGAGUGAAGGAGAAGGUGAAAGGGAUGGGUAUGCCGAGCUCUGCAGCUUCCCGGAGGAGCUGCUUGGGUCCUUCUGUCCUUCUGUCCACCCCUUCCACUCCAGCAUGCAAUCCCGCCACGCCAACUAACGUUACAUACACUAUCACUAGCACUCUGGGAGAGAGGAGAGGUGCAGAUGGGAGUGAUUUAGGACAAGUUAAGAAAUGGCAGACGUAUUGUUCGACGCCCACAGGCCAGUCCAAAGACUCCCCUUACUUUACAUUCACGCGAGGACCCCAGUCGGUGCAGCCCGAGAGCGAGAGGUCGAGUAGGAGCCCGCCUCUGUCUCGUACGUUCACCCCAAACCACAGCACCCUCUCCUACAACCUCAACUUCUGCUCCGCGGGCACAGGGAACCCAACAGAGUAUGAGCUUCCCUACCCAGCUCUGGUGGUGAAAAGACUGUCCAUGGGAGAUGGAGGAUCCUCAGAGACCUCUGAAAACAGGAAGGAGAAUAUGGCAGAAAUCAGUCUCAUUUGUGAGGAGAAUCUGCUUGAUACCAUCUUCCAUGCCUGUGACACCCAGCGCCGAGGUAAAGUAUACGUGUCUCACAUUGUGGACUACCUGCGACACACCACCAGUCGCAGCUCAGAGGACAGUGGUCUGGAGGAACUUUGCAACAUGCUCGAUCCAGAACACAAAGACGUCUCCAUUGACCUGGACACGUAUCAUGCCGUCAUGAGGGAGUGGAUUGAUGACUGCCGCAACAAUGGGGAAGAACCAACAGAGGACAUCACUCAGGACUCAGUCAAACUCAGAGACAGCCUGGCUGCCAAGAGAUCCAUGCUGCUCAAUAUGACCUCCGGAAGCUUGGAGGCCUUUGGAGGGGAAGCAUCCAGAGCAGAAUUUGAGACAUCAGAGCUGGUGUAUUGUGUUGCUGACCUUCAGAUGAGCAACCAAAAGCUUGAGGAGGAGGUGAAGAAGCUGAAGCAGGUGGUAGAGAGCAUGGAAGACAGCAACCAGAAGCUAGCAGAGGAGAACGAAGAGCUACGCAAUCAGGCCAGGACUAAUCAGCAGCUGGCCCAGAAGGAGAAGAUGCUGAAGGAGGAGGUGGAGGAGAUGAAGGCCACUCUGAGCUGUACAGAGGAAGGCAGAGCUCGCGCCUCCGCACACAGCAAACAUGUGGAAAGAGAGAAUCAGAGUCUUAUUGCCAAGAUUGCUUCUCUUCAGGAAGAGAACUUCAAGGUCACUAUGGAGACAGACGAGCUUCAGAGGAGAAUAGCAGAGCUGUGUGACAUUAACGCUGACCUUCAGGUACAGAUUCACUCUUUUGACGCCGUCGUUAGUGAAAAAGAAGCUGUGAUACUAGAGAAGAGCAGACAGAUAAAUGAGCUUAAGUCAGCAGUGGAGGAAUACUCCUCCAUCACAGAGCUGCUAAGGGCAGACAAGAGCAAGCUGGAGACCCAGAUGCAGAUGAUGCACCCAGACCUGGCUGGGGCCGGUCUGUCCCUGUCGGUGGCCUACAGGUUGAACCAGAGCACCUCUGGAUCCCUUCAGACAGAACUGGCUCUGGCACAGUCACCACUGGAGGUCAGCGCUCCCUUACUCUUUCAUUUGCUCACCUUUUUCUUUCUUGUUCUCUACUUUUUUUCGCUCUCCUUCUUGCUCUCGUUCUCAUAUCUCUUAAUCAACUGUUCCUCCUCCUCUCAUUUUGUCUUACAUUCUGACAUUUAUUUUCCUUUCACUGUACACUCUGUUUUAGUCUCUGGUCUUUUUAUUCAUUCAUGGCUGCUGCAUCUCUCGGACAUCCCCCUUGUAGCAGCCAAACUGUAACACAGAAAACCAAUUUCGCACUGACCAACA